AAGCGCCGCUAUCAGUGUGCAAUAACUGAAAAUAAUUCCACAAGAUUAGAUGGAACUGCACCCAGUCCAGUGAAAGAUUUAGUGGACUAUUGAACGCUACUUGAAAUGCUUGUUGCACUGGUCUUGAGUUUAAUAAUUGCGGCUGCAUGGCUGUGGCAACGGCAACACUUUAACCAUUGGCGAAGACUGGGCGUGCCUGAGAUAGCGGCCACGCCCUUUGUAGGCAACGUUUGGCAACUGCUGCGCGGUGCCUGCUGCUUUGGCGAUCAGUUCCGGGAGCUGUACGAAAGCCCUGCUGCUGCCGGGCACGCCUUUGUGGGUAUCCAUGUGCUGCACAAUCACGCGCUGCUGCUGCGUGAGCCGGCAAUGAUCAAGCGCAUACUGGUGGAGGAUUUUGCGCAGUUCUCAAGUCGAUUUGAGACAACAGACCCCAUUGGUGAUACUAUGGGUGCACAGAAUUUGUUCUUUUCCAAGCAUGAGACUUGGCGAGAGACACACAAGAUCUUUGCCCCCUUCUUUGCCGCCAGCAAGGUGCGAAAUAUGUACGCGCUGCUGCAGCAGAUCGGACAGCAGCUGGAGCAACAUUUGGCCAGGCAGCUGGCAGCCAAAGGCACUGACAACACACUGGAGCUGGAGGUUAAGCAGUUAAGUGCGCUAUUUAGCACAGACAUUAUAGCUUCAUUGGCCUUUGGGCUGGAGGCCAACUGCUUGCAACAGCCGGAUGCGGAAUUUCGACGCAUGUGCAUUGAGGUCAAUGAGCCACGUCCCAAGCGCUUGCUGCAUCUCUUCACCAUGUUCUUCUUUCCACGCUGCUCGCGCCGUCUGCGUACGCAUCUGUAUUCGGAGGAGUAUGAACGUUUCAUGCGUCAGUCCAUGGACUGGGCGCUGGCACAGCGUUCAGCCAGCGGUGUGCAGCGUCACGAUCUGAUUGAUAUAUUUCUGCAGCUGCAGCGCACUCAACCGCCGGAGAGUGUCGUCCACAAACGUGAUUUCUUUGUUGCGCAAGCUUCGUUUCUAUUGCUGGCAGGUUUUGAUACCUCUUCAUCCACCAUAACAUUCGCUUUGUAUGAGCUGGCAAAGCAGCCGGCAAUACAAGAACGUCUGAGACAGGAGCUGGCAGAGGCGCUGCACGUCAGCGAGCAGCCAGAGACGCUGAGCUAUGAGACGCUGAGUGGGCUGCCGUAUCUUAGACAAGUGGUGGAUGAAGUGCUUAGGCUAUAUCCGCCAACUGCUUUCUUGGAUCGCUGCUGCAAUGCAGCGUCAGGUUACGAUUUGAGCGCGUGGAAUAGUGGCUCAAAGCUGCGACUGCCAAGUGGUGCGCCCGUUUAUAUAUCUGUGCUUGGCCUGCAUCGAGAUGAGCAGCACUGGCCCGAGCCGCUUAAGUUUGAUCCAGAGCGCUUCUCGCCAGAGCAACGUCAGCAGCAGCGACCCAUGACAUAUUUACCCUUUGGCGCUGGUCCGCGUGGCUGCAUUGGCACGCUCUUGGGUCUCUUGGAGAUCAAGGUGGGUCUGCUGCAUAUUUUAAAGAAUUAUCGCGUGGAAACAUGCGCCAGGACGCUGCCCGAAAUGAAAUUCGAUGCCAAGGCUUUUGUUUUAACUGCUGCUGGUGGCACUUAUCUAAGAUUUGUAAGCGAUAAGCUAUAAAA